AUGGUUAUCGCCAACAAUAUCAUGUCUACACGUCCAGUCCCUAGCUCCAAAAACAUGCCGGCCGAUGACGACUCCAAGGCCUCGGCAGACUCCUCGCCGAAACGGGACCCCGACGUCAACUGGAUCACGCCUGAGAGUCGACUUUCUACCUGCAGUACCUUAGCAGUCGAUGUUGGAUCCGAGGCCUCCGCGGGCUCCAGGUCGAAAUGGGACUCCGUGGUCAACAAAAUCAUGCCUGCAAGUCGAGUCUCCAAAGCUAGUGCCAUGCCGGUCGAUGUUGGAUCCAAGGCCUCGGCACCCUGCUGGGGGAAUUGGGAUCCAACGUCAGGCGAGUUCUUCCUAGCAGCAGGGCCACAAGAAGGCUAUCGCUUCCCACCAUAUUUGGGGUAUGCUGAUUCUGGUCCAUGCCGAGUAGGUGCUGUCUUCUCCAGCCCCGGCGACUUGGAUACAUUCCUCGGUGCCCCAAAGGUCAUGCCGGACGGCUACAAUGUUUGCCUCUCUGAUACAAAAACAGUCCGCGAUAAAAGUCUCAGAUCGAUUUUCCCCUCCUCCCCCACUGCUGUGCGGCAGUUUAGUUUCCAAAAACUCGAACACCACAAGGUCAAGUACCUGCAUGAAUUGGAGGACGUGAUUGAUGCAUCUGUCCGGAAUAAGGCUAAACAGGUCCCCAGGGGUCGCCGCCGCAUCUACGUCAUUACAGAAUUGAGGAUUGCCGAGGGCUUGGAGGUGUCGGAUGGUGAAUCUCGCUGGAAAUUUGAUGGUCGCGUCAUUUUCAGCUACCGGAUGCAAGAGGCCAUACGCGCCUCGGAUUUAAUUUCGAGUCAAUUCAGAACGGGGGGCCCAAAAUAUAAAUUCGAACGCGUGUACCCUGAUUCUAAAUUUCUAAGAGAAUGGCGACAAGGAUCGGUAGAUCCGGGUUGCAGAUGGUGA